UUAUCUUGGUGUUUGGAUUUUCUUUUUAUUGAACGCAGUACUGUUUCUGUGAGCGGUUUUGAAAAUGGGUGGCUGUUACAGCAGAUACAGAGAGCAGCAUCGUCCAAGCAGUUUGUUCCUCGACGAUGGACCAGUGCGACGAGGAAGUAACAACAUCUACCAGACUUUGAGGCCCUUUGGAAGUAAACCAAACUAUAAUAUUCUGUCAAAUCCUCCAGUGCAAGCUGGUCAAAAGGUAGUGAUCGGCAUUCAUAACUUCCAUGCCGAGGAGAAGGGGGAUAUCUCAUUCAAUCGGAAUGACAGGAUGGUCGUCGUUGACGAAUCAGAUCCAGGCUGGUUGAAGGUUCAUCACAUGGCGAAUGGUCGAACAGGAUAUAUCCCGGCUAAUUAUGUCAUCAGGGAGAGCAAGCGCCCUAUAGAGAACGAAGAAUGGUUUUUCUACAAAAUCCCUCGCAAACAGGCAAAAGAAUUGCUCCUGAAGAAAGGAAAUCCGCGUGGGACGUUCCUUAUCAGAGUUUCGGACAGCAAUCCGAAUGGCUACGUUUUGAGCGUUCUAGACAAAGUGGACAAGGAAUACCAUGUUAAACACUACAAGAUAAAAACGACCACUGACCAAUCGCUGUACUACAUCUCCUUAAAGUACGAGUUUCUAGACGUGCGAGGAAUUGUUAAAGCCUACAGCGAUAGCAAAUCCGGCCUUUGCUGCAAGUUGACUCAACCGUGUCCCAGGGAAAUGGUAGAUUUUUUAUCUCUUUACCGUAGAGACCAGUUGGAAACUGAUCCUAAUCAGUUAUGCCUAACCAAAGUUGGGAAAGUUUGGCUUGGUUCAAACAAAAACCAGCAAGUGACAGUCAAAAAGCUUGGGUCUCCGGAGGCCUUUUCAGAGGAGGCGGAAAUGAUGAAAAUGUUCUGCCACAAGAACUUGGUCGCCAUGUAUGCAGUUUGCUCAAAUGACGAGCCAAUGUACUUCAUCCAAGAGUUCACAAAAAAUGGGUCUCCGCUUGACGGAGAAAACCAAAAUGGCCUAAUUCAUAUUUCAUUGCAGAUUGCCAGUGAACUGCUUGGAAAAAAUAAUCCUGACCCACGCAUUUAUUAAUGUCUGAUUGAUGGCGGAAUUCAAUUAUUAUAAGAAAUGACACUAACCCAAGUAUAUUUAUAGUUUACAUACAUUAUUAAUUAAAUUAUCUUCAUAAGAAUCUCUAUAUACUAAAAAUUUACCACUUUAAAAGGAAAUUUUUUAUUUUAUUCACAUUGCGUAAAUAUUUAUUAGCCUCUAUUUGGAUUUGUAUUAAACGUCCAUAUAACUACAUUAAAAAAAUUA